GAACAUUCAGACGGACGUCCUCGGCGACUACGGCUACGGUGCUUUCGGACUUCCCUUCGGCAAGAAGAUCGAGGACUCCGAGAAGAAGAUGAAGAGCCUCAACGCAGAGAUCAACAACGGAAGGCUGGCCAUGUUUGCCAUCAUCGGAAUGUUCUUCCAGGAUGGCCUGACCGGCUCCGCGUGGGGCGACUGGGCGACCUACACCGACUCGCCUCUGCGUGCUUUCGAGGAGGAGCUGGGCGUGCAAGCUCCCGUGGGCUUCUGGGAUCCCGUUGGCUACACCCGGGAUGGAAACGUCGAGACCUUCAAGCGCCGCCGUGAGACUGAGAUCAAGCAUGGCCGCGUAGCGAUGUAUGCGACCGUUGGCUACAUCGUGCCUGAGUACUUCAAGUGGCCGGGGUUCCUCUCGCCCUCCUUGGGCCUGAAGUUCUCGGACGUGCCCAACGGCUUGGCUGCCAUCAGCAAGGUGCCCGGCGCAGGGUGGGCCCAGAUCGUGGCCUUUGCCGGAUACUACGAGCUCUUCGCGUACAAGUACAACGGAACCCCAGGUGACUACGGCUGGAAGGUCAUCACCGCCAGCGAGCCUGAGGCGCUCAAGAAGAAGCUCAGCGCGGAGCUAGCAAAUGGGCGCUUGGCGAUGAUGGCGAUCAUUGGGAUGUUCUUCCAG